CGGAGCCCGCGAGGCUCGGGCCUGAAGCCCCGGGGGCUGGGGAACCCGGUCCGGGGCUGGCGCACGCGGGACAGCGGUGAGGUCCGGCCCUUAGCUCUGCGAGCGGGGCUCCAGCGCCCGGUGUGGAAGGCCUUUCCCCAAGUAACAUAAUGGCGGAAACUGCUUCUCCACUGAAGCACUUUGUGCUGGCUAAGAAGGCAAUUACUGCAAUCUUUGACCAAUUACUGGAGUUUGUUACUGAAGGAUCCCAUUUUGUUGAAGCAACAUACAAGAAUCCAGAACUUGAUCAAAUAGCUACUGAGGAUGAUCUGAUAGAAAUACAGGGUUAUAAAAACAAGCUUUCCAUCAUUGGUGAGGUGCUGUCUCGGAGGCAUAUGAAAGUGGCAUUUUUUGGCAGGACGAGCAGUGGGAAGAGCUCUGUUAUCAAUGCAAUGUUGUGGGAUAAAGUCCUCCCUAGUGGGAUUGGCCAUACAACCAAUUGCUUCCUGAGUGUUGAAGGAACUGAUGGAGAUAAAGCCUAUCUUAUGACAGAAGGAUCAGAUGAAAAAAAGAGUGUGAAGACAGUUAAUCAGCUGGCCCAUGCCCUUCAUAUGGAUAAAGACUUGAAAGCUGGCUGUCUUGUGCAUGUAUUUUGGCCAAAGGCAAAAUGUGCCCUCUUGAGAGAUGACCUGGUUUUAGUGGACAGUCCGGGUACAGAUGUCACUACAGAGCUGGAUAGCUGGAUUGAUAAAUUUUGCUUAGAUGCUGAUGUCUUCGUUUUGGUUGCAAACUCUGAAUCAACACUAAUGAACACGGAAAAGCAGUUUUUUCACAAGGUAAAUGAGCGACUUUCCAAACCUAACAUUUUCAUUUUGAAUAAUCGUUGGGAUGCCUCUGCAUCAGAGCCAGAAUAUAUGGAAGAUGUACGUAGACAGCACAUGGAAAGAUGCCUGCAUUUCUUGGUGGAGGAGCUUAAAGUUGUGGAUCCUUUGGAGGCACAGAAUCGUAUCUUCUUUGUUUCUGCAAAGGAAGUUCUUACUGCUAGAAAGCACAAAGCACAGGGGAUGCCAGAAGGUGGUGGGGCACUUGCUGAAGGAUUCCAGGCAAGAUUACAGGAGUUUCAGAAUUUUGAACAAAUUUUUGAGGAGUGUAUCUCGCAGUCAGCAGUGAGAACAAAGUUUGAACAGCACACUAUCAGAGCUAAACAGAUACUAGAUACUGUGAAAAUCAUAAUGGAUUCAGUAAACGUGGCAGCAGCAGAGAAAAGGGUUUAUUCAAUGGAAGAGAGGGAAGAUCAAAUUGAUAGACUGGACUUUAUCCGAAACCAGAUGAACCUUUUAACACUGGAUGUUAAGAAAAAAAUCAGGGAGGUUACAGAGGAGGUGGCAAACAAGGUGUCAUGUGCAAUGACAGAUGAAAUUUGCCGACUGUCUGUGUUGGUUGAUGAAUUUUGUUCAGAGUUUCAUCCUACUCCAAGUGUAUUGAAAGUAUAUAAAAAUGAGUUAAAUAAGCACAUAGAAGAUGGCAUGGGAAGAAAUUUAGCCGAUCGGUGCACAAGCGAAGUCAAUGCUUCAAUGCUUCAAUCCCAGCAAGAAAUUAUUGAAAAUUUGAAGCCAUUACUUCCAGCUGGUAUACAAAAUAAACUACAUACACUGAUUCCUUGCAAGAAAUUUGAUCUCAGCUAUGACCUAAAUUGCCAUAAGUUAUGUUCAGAUUUUCAAGAGGAUAUUGUAUUUCGUUUUUCCCUGGGCUGGUCUUCCCUUGUCCAUCGUUUCCUGGGCCCGACGAAUGCUCAGAGGGUGCUGCUAGGAUUAUCAGAGCCCAUCUUCCAGCUCCCCAGAUCUUUAGCUUCUACUCCCACUGCUCCUACUAAUCCAGCAACGCCAGACAAUGCAUCACAGGAAGAACUCAUGGUUACCUUAAUAACGGGAUUAGCUUCUCUCACAUCUAGAACUUCUAUGGGCAUCAUCGUUGUUGGAGGGGUGAUUUGGAAAACUGUAGGCUGGAAACUCAUAUCUGUUUCAUUGAGUAUGUAUGGAGCUUUGUAUCUUUAUGAAAGGCUGACCUGGACCACGCGUGCUAAGGAGAGAGCCUUUAAACAGCAGUUUGUGAACUAUGCAACUGAAAAACUGCAGAUGAUUGUCAGCUUCACGAGUGCAAACUGUAGCCAUCAAGUACAACAGGAAAUGGCAACCACUUUUGCUCGCCUGUGCCAACAAGUUGAUAUUACACAAAGACAUCUGGAAGAAGAAAUUGCUAGAUUAUCCAAAGAAAUAGAUCAACUGGAGAAAAUACAAAGCAAUUCAAAGUUCUUAAGUUUUAGGAGCAAAGUUUGAAGUGAUAAAAAUAGCCAAAGAUACGGGAGCUCUGACUUUUGGGUGGUUGUAUUCCUGUACCAAUGCCGUUGUUCUUCAGAAGGUACUUGCGGAGGAUACUGCUGGAUUGUCCCCCCGGGUGGCUUUACUUUUAUUUAAUUGUAUGAAUUUGCCAGGGCACUGUUAAUAUUACUGUACUUUUUAACUUAAUGAAAUGUUCGUGAGUUCAAGUAUUGUCUGUUUCUGUGUAAAAACUAAUUUAAACUUCUAUGGAAACGUGAAAAAAUGACAUUCUAGGGCUUUGCUACACAAAAUGUAGCCUUGAGGAUCACCAAAGCAGCAGCAUCUAGAUGCUUGUUAGAUGCAUAAUGGCUGCAUUUGGCAAGGGAUACUUUCUCCUUUUCCAUAGAGGGAUAACCUGUUAGGCUCUUUUAUUCUUAAUACUGUUUCCUUUCUUGUGCCUUUAAGGCUUCUGGAUGCUACUCAGUCUUUUCAUAACAGGUGCAGCACUAUUUUUCAGGAUAUCUUAAGGAGAAAAUAAUAUUCUUUAGGCCACAGAAGCCUUUCAAAAAUGUUUUUAUGCAGAGCAGAUACUAGGAUGCACUAUUCAAAUCCAAAUACUAGUUUAUAGCUUGUUGCUUUAUAACCAAAAAUAGUACAGGCUGCCAACAAAUGGGAUUAGGUAACAAAUUCCACAUGAAAAACUAAUGUCUAAGAUUCUGGGUACUGCUAAUUUAGGUUACAAGUUCAAGACCUUAAUCUUUAUAUGAAAAGUACUUGAACUUUUGACACAGUGUAGUUUGGUAUCACCUCAUUAGUAUGGUACAGUGCCUGUCAAAGUUUGACCUCUGGAUUAUCUGUGUAUCACUUGUGAACUAAGAAAUACAUAUUGCAGGGUCUCACCCCAGACCUGUUAAAUCCAGGACUAGGUUUGGAAACCAGCCAUCUGUUUUAACAAGCCCUCCACAUGAUCCUGAUGCACACUAAAGUUGGGGUAAUACUGGAAUAGUGGUUCUGGUAUAGUCAAUUUAUAGUAAGUUUUCCAUCACUAGUUUGAAUGCAUUUCCACCUGAUCAAGUUUGAAAAUGCAUGAAUGUUGGAAACAGAACACUAAAAUAAUGAAACUCAACCUUUAUGCCUGGAGAUAAGUGCAUCUAUGACUAAGCCCGUGAAUUAUACAGAAAUUAUGUAUUUCACAGCUGUAGUUCAAAGUUAUUGCACAUACUUGAUUACUAUGUACGUUUGCAAGAUUAUUUGUAAACUUUGUAUAACCUUAAACUUUUUAUAGAACUACAUUUUUAUAAGUAUGCAAGGUGAAAAUAAAACUUGUUUGCCUGAUAGUUGAUAAAUGAAA